CACGGGCGGGGCAGGCUAUGUUGGAUCGUUGCUGUGCUUGGAACUGGUACGACGAGGCGCAGCUGAGGUUCGCUCGUUCGAUUGUUGCAAGUCCCGGGAGCGCUUAGCCCUGCUGCAAGAGCACGGCGUUAAGUGCAUCGUUGGAUUGAUGCGAUCACGGAAGCUGCCUUCGUACUGUAAACGUAGAUGGGUUGAAUUUUAGUGUAACUCGUAUUUCCCAGCACCUCCUGAAUCCAUUCAAGUCGGAGGUAUAUUUCACAAAUCCGCAAAGGCUGCAAGGGCUCCAAACUUCGAGGACUAGAUUUUGUUUUAUCCAGAUCCCGAGGCUAGUUAAUUCGUGUACAGAAGUCCUGCCCUAGUUGUAGAGGCAUCGCUAUUUCAACGGCUUCUUGACAAUCUCAACAGUGUAGAUGGCUUUCCUUUGGACGGGGUCUAGGAUCUCUGCGAAAUCCUUGUUUUUGGGCAUGAUUGUCAUUCCGGUAAGGGACGGGUUGUAUAAUGACCACGGGCUGCUUCUGAAUUCCUUGAUGUAUUUGUUCGCGAUAACUGACUGAAGGUGAUGUGAGGCGCAAAGCGGACGUGGAGAAGGCGUUAAAAAAUGCUGACUGUGUCUUUCACAUGGCCUCAUUCGGAAUGUCCGGUAAAGAGAUGCUUCAAUCACGGCAUAUCGAUGAAGUUAAUGUGGAUGGAACGUGCCAUAUUCUGGACAGCUGUGCAAAGUGCGGCGUGAGAAGGCUAGUGUACACGAGCACUUAUAAUGUAGUUUAUGGUGGACAGGAAAUUCGAAAUGGAACAGAGAAUUUACCCUAUUUUCCUAUUGAAAAGCACGUUGAUCCCUACGGUCGCAGUAAGGCACUUGCAGAGCAAUUUGUGAUCCGAAGCAGUGGGCGACCUCUUGGAAACAAAAAAGGAAAAAGAUUGUAUACGUGUGCUCUUAGACCAGCUGCCAUUUACGGUCCGGGAGAGCAACGCCAUUUUCCUAGGAUCAUACAGAUGGCAAGAUUGGGAUUACUUAAGUUUCGCAUUGGGGGUCCCAACAUACUCACUGACUGGGUGUAUGGUGACAAUCUGGUUCAUGCUCAGCUGUUGGCUAGUAUGGCGCUUAUCGAUGAUUUACCCGGAAGGUCGGGGAUUCCCCCUGCUGCUGGUCAGGCCUAUUUUAUCUCAGAUGGAGCUCCCCUUAAUUCUUUUGAGUUGAUAAAACCAAUCGUGGAGGGAGUAGGCUACACAAUGCCUCAACGCGAACUAUCUGUGAAAUCUGCAAUGACUCUGGCGUGGGGCAUGUAUGCAUUUUAUGGUCUUCUGUACCCGUGGCUCCAGAAAUCUUGGAUUCCUGAGCCUUUUAUCCUUCCUGCUGAGGUUUUUAAGGUUGGUGUUACGCAUUAUUGCUCAACGUGGAAAGCUAGGCAGGAAAUUGGCUACACCGCAAUUGUGGACAAGAAGGAUGCCUUGGACCGGACUGUUACUUACUGGAAAGAGCGACAUUCCCAGGAGCUGGACGGCCCUCCAUUGCUGUCCUGGAUAUUUUUGUUGGGUGGCAUGUUUCUGUUGUUUCUAUGCGUGUAUGUGCCAGCUCCUUUCAUGGGUCCGCUGGAGUUCAUCCGCUGGAUUGGACUAUUUAUUUUUCGUUCCCAGGAGACUUUGCGGAUCAUUCUUUACCUGGCAUGCCUUGCUCAUCUUCUUGAGGGCAUAUAUGCUUGGAUAGUAGCAAUGAAAGCAGAUCGCAAAAAUGCCAGAGGUUGGUUUUGGCAAACAUUAGCGCUUGGAUAUCCAUCGCUUCAAUACUUGUUGAAAAGAGCUGAGAAAAAGAAGCUGCACCAGAAAUAAGCAAUUCCAACCUUUUUAUUACAGUUUCAGAGCGUGUUAGUAACGCCUAUUCUUUACUCUGUCAGCUCAAGUACCGUACAGUGCAGGGUGGCCACACGCUGGAGUUGCAUCAACCUAGUUCCAAGUCUCGGCAGGUCACUUUGGGUAGAGAGCCAGAAAGUGUCCAAAUCAGCUUAAGACGACAUUUUCGCGGUGAAUCGGGUUAACGUACCUUAGAUUCAGUUUUCGCCUUCCAGGUUACUGAAAAUUUUGCAAAUACCGUCUUUUUUAGAUACUCA